AUGUUGUUGUUCUUCGUAUCUCUUGCUUCUUACCUCUUGCUUCCAGCAGUGGUAGUUUGUUGGUGUUAGUGGUGUGCACUGUGGUGAAAUUUUUUUGCAGGGUGAGUGGUGAACAACAUCAACAACUGAGAUCGUUUUUAUUUUUGGUGGAAAAACUUUACAACCAGAGCACUUUCCAUACUCUACAAGUAAAGAGGGAGGCAAAAGACAAACAUCUAAUACAUCAAAGCCCGUUGAUUUUGCGCAGCAAGAGUACAACGUACCCCCUCCCUUUUUUUGCUUUUUCAUAUUUGAUUAAUUGAUCAAAAUUUCAAUCACGAUAUAGAGGUCAAGAUAGUACGGGAAAAAAGAAGCUCAUUAGACAACAAAGCGCAGGGCUUUUUUUUUCAAUUUUUGACAACCAACUCAACAUCCAUAGCGAGUAACCCUUUUUUUUUUUUUUUGACAAAAGCGCAGCACCAAUUGUGUCGAAUCAAACCGUGAUUUCGACUUCAUCCGCAGAGAGCCCCAAGGGCAAGAACCAGAGGCAGCUGCAUCCAAAUCAGAAACCAAGGUCAAAACCAAAACCGAAAUCACAUCCAAAACCAGUUGAAGAGAGUAAAGAGAACCAAGAGAGCACAGAGAGCAUAAAAGUGGACCCUGAACUCACCAAAGUCAUCAUCAAUCAACUAUCAAUUCUUUUAACCACAGUCGACUCGUCGAAUCUUGAAUCGUACCAUAAACAAAUAAGAUACAUAUUAGCGAGAGAAGGUGGUAGCCCCGUCGUAAGAGCCAACUACAUUGAAAAACUAGUUAAUCUCAUCCGAUUCAGCGACUUCACUUCAAAAGAGUUAAAUCCAGUAGAGAGCCUAUUCGCCAAAGAGUUGAACCUUAUUGCCUCCAAUUUGGUCGAUACAGAAGUCCUAUUUGCCCAGUUUGACCAGAAGCUAGAGUUUUCGACUAGAAACAACAUUGUUGAAUUUGUCACCAAGUUCGACUGCGAUUUAAUCUUUCUGUUUAUACUAUUGAUCAAGUAUAACAGCAAGUCAAACCUAGAAGCAGCAAGGUUAUUCAUCAAGACCCAUUCGCUUGAAUUAUUGAACGCAUUAAGAGAUCGCCAUUUCUCUCCCGACUACAACUGGAGUUUGCUAUUAGAGUCGAUUCUCAACACCCCUUACUUCCCAUUUUUGCAUAAACUAUUGAUACUUAGUUCACUCAAAGCUUUCAGAUUAAGCAUCGAGCCCAUCAACACCUUCUAUCAAAAUAUCUUGAAAAUGACGUUCCAGGAGCUUUUAAACGAAGUUGGCUUUGACAAUUUGAUUCCUGAAAAAUUAUUGCCCAGCUUGCUACAAAUCAAGCCCAAUGAGAUUGACCAGAGCGUGGCCUUGAUUCUAUCCGAGGUGUUGAUCCCCGGGUCCCAGCUAAUAAACCAGCACACGUAUGCCCAGACUUUGCCCGAGGCUAAUGCCAAAGGUGCACAGCUUCAAGCAAGUUUCAGAAGUAUCGAGCAACUGGGGAAAUUAAACAUCAACUGGUACGAGGUUUUCAACCACGUCCACCAGAAUCUUUUCGACUCGGGCCAGAGAAACAUCCAGCCCACUGUGAUUAGUGUUACCCAAUUUUUUUCAUCCUUAGAUUUCAAGCAGGAACCGAUUGAUAUCUUCCUCAACUAUGAGUGGUAUUUCAGCAAGACCUUGUUGUACAUCCUACAAACCACGGAUGCUUCUCAGGGAGCCUACGAUAUUGCAUUGCUGAAUAAUUUAGCCCUAUGCUUUGACGAAGAUAAACUUUUACUCCAGCAACCGCAACCGCAACCGCAAAGAAGGAAUAUUUUGAAAUUUAUAAAUGUCGCUAAAUUGGAAGUACUGGUUGUCAUCAAGCUCCAAGCGCAGCAGCAGCAGCAACAACAACAACAACAACAACAACAGCUGCAGCUUUUGGAACAAGAUGCGAGACUCAACACUUUUAUCAAUCAAGUGUUUGAACACGACUAUCGUGCUUAUCCCGAGUAUGUUCUUGCCGCAGCAGUGGCCAUCAUUGACAAGACACCAUUUGUGAAUGAAUUGAUCGAUACCUUGUUUGGCUUGCUUGCAGACAACCAAUCGCCGUCGUUGCCAAAAGUGUUGCGAAUGAUGCUGGAGUCGGGCUUGGCAGUGCCGAAACUUGUGAGCUAUUUCCAAAACAGGCUCACCAUUGACGCAGCACAAAAGGUGGCUAGUAUUGCCUCGCGCGAAGGCAUAUUAGCCGAGGUCAUGUCCCAGCUAUGGUCAUCAUUGGGUGCCAAGACGGCAGUCAAGGUGCUCAUUGAAACUAGUUUUGUUGACUACGACUUUAAUGCAGAAUUGGAUUCAAAGCUCAAGGAUCCUCAACAGGCAAAGAAGUCGGUUUACAAUGCAUUGCUCGAGGCACUCUUUGAAAGAGCCCAAAGGGACUCGGAAACAGGGCAGCAGCACCAGCAACAAGACGCUACUUCUCAGUUCCUGCUUCCUCCAUCGCACCCGCCCGUUUUGAGAAUCGCAACCGUCAACUCGUUGCUCGAGAAAUUAAAGAAUAGCAACGGCGCCGUGGAUUUGAAAAAGCUCAAAGACUUGCAGAUCUUGUUGCUCACGACUUACCCGAGAUUGAUCAAUUUCGGUACUGGCCACGACGAGGUGAUUCUUGCCAACGAGGCCAACUCUGCGUUUUUCCCACAGGCCGUUGAGUUGGAAAUGAAGGAGUACUAUUCCAAAAUGUACAGUAAAACCGUUGAGAUACCUGAAGUUGUCGCUGCCUUGAUCAAAAUGAAAUCAAGCGACGAUCCGCAUCAACAGGAUGUCUUUGCAUGCAUGAUCCACUCUUUACUCGAUGAGUACAAGUUUUUCGCUGAGUACCCGCUAGCGGCAUUGGCCUCGACAUCUUUGCUAUUCGGUGCAUUGUUGGAGAAUGAUUUGAUCCAGGGCACAACGCUUACAGUGGCACUCAAUUUCAUCUUUGAAUCGUGCAACCAGCCACCGGAGUCGAAGCUUUUCAAAUUUGCCGUGCAGUCGUUGUACAACUUCAAGUCAAAGUUGCACGAGUACCCUAUCUAUUGCAAGCAUUUACUAGAAUGCAACUCGUUGGCUACGCAUGCGAAAAUGUACCAAGUAGUGAAGGACGCUGCCAACGGUAUCCCUUGCGGCGGCACGGGCGCCAAUUCUGGAGCGGGCGCCACGCAAACCUCGACUCCAGAUGUGGGGCCAAAGUAUCAAUCUAUCAACUAUGUCGAGCAAGCAACUGGUACAAUGCAACAAAUGGAACCCCCAGAGGAAAUCAAGGACAAGCUUUUGUUUGCAGUGAAUAACAUGACAAAGGAGAACUUGAGAUCAUCGGAGAUUCAGGAAUACUUGCAAGAACCGUACUAUGCGUGGUUUGCCGAUUACUUGGUGGCCGAUAGAGCGAAAGCCGAACCCAACAAUCACGAGCUAUACUCGGAUCUCGUGCGGUUGUUGCCAGAUGCCGUUUUUUUUGAAUACAUCAUGAACAUAACCAUGAAGGAGGUAUUUUUCUUGAUCAAGAACUUUAAGGACUCCACCACCCAGAGAAACCAGUUGAAGAAUCUUGGAGCAUGGUUGGGCAGAAUCACGUUGGCUAACGACAAGCCUUUGCGAAGGGACCUUGUUGCGCUCAAGUUCCUCUUGGUUGAGGCGCAUGACUUCAACGCAUUGCCAUUGAUCAUUCCCUUUGUCUGCAAGAUUUUGGACCAGGCCCAGUAUUCGAAAGUCUUCAAGCCUCCAAACCCGUGGCUCUUGGGUGUCAUGAGCGUUCUUGCUGAACUAUACGAGUUUGCUGAUUUGAAAUUGCAGUUGAAGUUUGAGAUUGAGGUUUUGCUCAACUCGUUCAAGAUGAAAGUAACGGAUUUGGAACAAAGCAGCAUUUUGAGAGACCACAACAAGGACCCCACUGCGCUUGCGACCUUGUUUGGGCUUCUUCCAAAAGCUGGAAACGCACAACUCGCAAAUGAAUUGUCUCGUCUCAGCUUAGAUAACGGUCCUGCUUCUGCGGCGGCCAAGUUCAACACCGCCGCUGCAGCGUUCCCGCCACAAGGUGUCGAUAAGCAGUUUCCUCAAGUCCAGCAACCCGUGUUGCAACAGCCACAACCACAUGUUCCUCAACUUCAGCAAGCACAACCCCAAAUACAGCCACAACAACAGCAACAAGAGCCAGGUUUGGACACAAGUUUCAGCACACUCGUUGGAAACUCUAUUUUCACGCAACAUGCUAAUUUAAGGAGAGCUUUCCAAGCGUCGUUAUCCAGAGCAGUAAGGGAAUGCGCUAUACCUAUCAUGAAUCGGGUUUCCGAGGCCGUGUUGGUGACAACCGAGUUUUUAAUAAAGAAGGAUUUUGCGACUGAAGUCGAUGUAGACAAGGUCAGAAGAAGUUACCGUCGGUUGGCCAAGCAGUUGUCUCACAGCAUGGUGUUGUGCAGCGGGAAGAAGUUGUUGUCGGAGACAAUCGAGGCCACGAUGUUGCAGCUUUUGGGCAACAACCCGAAUGAGAUUCCAAUGUUGGAGUUGAGCAAUGCCAUUCAAGCCAAUGUGGGUCUCUGCGUUGGCAUCGUGGACAAGAUUGCCUCGACUAAUGUCACCGACUUGAUUGAGGAGAGAAUGAGACCUUACAUUAUCAAUCGCGAACGCCAUAACCCGGACCAGCCUUAUGUUGAGAAAGGAACACCAGAAUCGUCGUUGAGAUUACCGGAGCCAUUGGGCUUGAGCACAAAGGGGUUGAGUGUUCAGCAGUUGCGGAUUUACGAACACUUUGGCGAACUUGCAACUGAGGAGAGAUCAUUGCCUCCUGCACUUGCUUCUAUUGCGCAAUCACAGCCUCAACAAUUACCGUUGCAGCAGAUUCAGCAGCAGCAACAGCAAGGUCCACAGCAGCAGCAGAUUCAACAGAUUCAACAACAACAGCAACAACAACAGCAACAGCAGCAACAGCAACAAGGUCCACAGCAGCAGCAGAUUACUCAGGAUUUCCCAUUGCAUCAGUCAACGCUUUUGCAAGAGGAUUCUGCAUCUAUGGACCAGCUCUUGUCUGUGAUCACGCAGUAUAGCGAGAAGGCCAUCCAGUUGCUCUCGGAGGUUAGCGAAACGAAAUUGGCAGACUUGGCUCCAAACCACCCCAUCAUGGCCGCUUUGACUCAGGCAUUGACCAUUGCCCAGGUAAAUGCAAUCAAGUACCCCGACUUGUUGUUGAAAGCAGCCCAGUAUGCAGUAAACUGCCUUUUCACUCAAAUCCACGAGAACCCUAUGAGCAACGAGAUCUAUGUGGUCAUGCUCGAUAAAUUGUGUGAGUACUCCCCAUCUACAGCCAAGGAUGUUACUUGGUGGCUCGUUCAUUCGGUAGACCAACGAAAAUUCAACAUGCCCGUGAUUUUGUCAUUGUUGCGAGUACAAUUGAUCCAGCCUAUCAAAUUGGACUCUUCCAUUGGCAAAUUGAUCAAGCAGUCAAACAACCCCGUUGUGGUGAAAUUUGGUGCCUCGUUGUUGUACAACAUCUUCACCGCAGAGGACUUGGCGCGUCCCAUUGCGUUGAGGUCGGAGUUUGCAAACACCUUGGAUGCCUUGUAUGAGUACCAGAAAUUGGGUCCUUUGGCUGGCAGCGAGAAUGAAAGUGCCAAAGAAGAGGUGGAUCGAUUGUUUCAAUUGCUCCACAAUGCCGAGCCAGUUUCCAAUGAAUUGUUUGCACAAUUGGGCUAUGUGUUUGCAGAGUGGGUUAGAUUACUCUCUCAUGGCAACGAGUCCACUUUUGAGUCGCAGGAUGAUUUUGUUGCCGGGUUAGUUGACUCGGGUAUUUUGAACAACCCCGAGCUUUUCAAUUCGUUUUGGAGAGCAGCAAUUGAGAUCUCGACGGCGUUGUUUAACACCGAGCACGAAUUGAGAACUAGAACGCAGCACGACACUUAUUUAUCUGUUGACUGUUUAGCGCUUUUGAUUGUGAGGAUAGUGUUGAGCAUUGAGGAUGAGGAACAGGCCAUCCAGUAUUUCAAAAAGAUUAUCGGGGUGUUGGUGUUGAAUAUGGUCACAGAACACGAAGAAGCCAUCAAUAGCUGGAGCGAACGUGCGUACUUUAGGUUGCUUUCAUCCUUGUUGUCGGCAUGGAGUGAUGCUUCAACUUUGGACGCCAAUACAACCAAGAGCCUCGACGUGCAGUUUUACGAGUUUUUGGGCGAAAUCUUCAACUCCUUGCAGCCGAUUGUGUUCCCCGGUUUCACUUUUGCCUGGAUUUCCUUAAUCAGUCACCGGAUGUUUUUGCCGAAAUUGAUGGAGUUGCCCGAAGGCCAGGGCUACCUGGUGGCUGUGAAGUUGCUUACUGGGUUGUUGAAGUUUCAACAAACUUACCAAAACAGAGAAAAGAAUCACGAUGUGUUGAAUGUGACGUUCAAGUCCAUCACCAGGUUAUUUGUUGGGUUGUUGCACGAUUAUCCCGAAUUCUUGGUCGAGUGCCAUUACCAACUCGUGACUGCUGCUCCAAGAGGAUACAUUCAGCUCAAGAAUAUAAUCUUGUCGGCGACACCCAAGUCGAUUUCAGCUCCGGAUCCUUUUACCCAGGGGUUGAAAGUGGAGCGGUUGCCAGAGAUAAGCAACGCUCCCGUUGUCUUUUACAAACCUAUGGAGGAUCUUGCUAAAGUUGGCUUGCGCAAACCGGUUGAAAACUACUUGAGAAUACCAGCGCCAGGUCUCACAAGAACUAUCUACAACAGUCUUAGGCUUGCCCAGCCUAAACAGUGCGAUGACUUUGGAUAUCCGGAAACCAUUAACUUCGAUCUCAAGUUGGUCAAUGCGUUGGUUCUUCACGUGGGAAUGAAUGCCGUGGCCGAAGCGUUGCCAAGCAAUAGAGGCUUCAACACCAAGACAUCCCAAGUGGCACUUUUGGUGGACUUGAUGAACUAUGGCCCGAACGAGUUGAAGUACCUUCUCAUCAACAGCAUUGCCAACCAAUUACGUUAUCCAAAUAGCCACACCCAUUGGUUUAUUGGAAUAAUCUUGCAUUUUUUCAGCUCCAACACCUUGUGGAACACUUCCGCGUCGAAACUUGUCGUGCAAGAGAUUAUCACUCGCGUGCUUUUGGAGAGAAGAAUCGUCAACAAGCCGCACCCUUGGGGUUUGACCAUUGUCUUUACCGAGUUGGUUAAAAAUGAUAAUUUUGGAUUCUUUGAAUUGCCGUUUGUUAAGAAUAGCGUCGACGAGAUUAAAACGAUUUUCGACACGUUAUCCCUAAACGUGAAAGGUUCAAGCUAA